AUGCGUCUCCUGCGAAGCCUCUUCUUACUUCUGCUCGUCGCAGCCGCUCUCGUCUCCGUCGUCUCGGCUUCUUGGGACAAGGAUGACUUUGAGAUCUUCGAACUGCAGAACGCCCUUGAGAAGGAUGAGGGACAGGGAACAACAUUUUACUCCAUUCUUAACCUCACCAGAAGCGCCUCGAUCAAUGACAUCAGAAAGGCAUACAGAGCAAGGAGCAAGGAGCUGCACCCCGACAAGCACCCUCACGACUCGAAAGCGACGAAGCGGUUCGAACGCUUGGGGGUCAUCAACAAGAUCCUGCGAGACGAGCGCCGAGAUCGAUAUGAUCACUUUCUUACCAAUGGAUUCCCCCGUUGGCGUGGCACGGGAUACUACUACAGCCGCUUCCGUCCUUCGUUGGCAUUUGUGCUUCUUUUCAUCAUUGCUGCGACAUCAGGUGUCCAGCUCUUGAUCAAGAUGAUCAAUUGGCGACGCGACGUCAGCCGUCUCGAAUCGCUUCGCACCACGGCAAAAAUCAUGGCCUGGGGUCCUCGUUUU